AUGGAAAGGGAUCGAGUUCCUGGAUCUUGCAACUCACCACCUUAUUUUGACGGAAAUAACUAUGCUGCAUGGAGAGAAAAAUUUGAGAUAUUUCUUGAUGCUCUUGAUGAGUAUGCAAGUGUGUAUCUCACAAAAGAGUGGAUUGCUCCAGUCAAGACUGUUGAGGGUGAAGUUGUGCCCAAGCCUAGGUCUGAAUGGACUGAAGCAGAGGUGUUUGCUGCAUAUGCAAACAAGAAGGCCAGAAAUAGUGAAGUUGUGCCCAAUCCUAGGUCUGAAUGGACUGAAGCAGAGGUGUUUGAAGCAUAUGCAAACAAGAAGGCCAGAAAUGCCUUAGUUACAGCUUUGUCUAGCACACAGUUUGCACAUAUACAACACAUCCCAAAUGCUAAAAAGGCUUGGGAUAAACUAAGGGUGGUUCAUGAAGGGGAUGACCAAGUUAGAACCUUAAAACUUCAGAUGGUGCUUGCACAAUUUGAAGAACUUAGGAUGUCUGAAACUGAGUCUAUUUCUGAGUUCUAUGGGAGAAUGGAAAUGAUCACAAAUGAAGCCAUGAGUCUUGGUCAACCUAUUCAAGAGCUUCUUGUUGUUCAGAAAAUUCUUCGUGUUCUACCAUCUAGAUUUAGAGCAAAGAAAACCGCAAUCAUGGAGGUCCAAAACUUAAAUGAAAUUAAGCUUGGCAAGCUUGUAGGAAAAUUAAAAACCUAUGAGAUGGAGUUGAAUAUGGAAGAAAAUGACACUAAAAAAUCAAAAAGUGUUGCACUUCAAGGAGUGCAUGUUUCUUCUCUGAAAGGUGGUGAAAAAUCCUCAGAUUUUGAGGAUGAAAUGGCCUUGUUUGUCAAAAAAUUUAGGAGAAUUCUUAAGGAUAAGGGAAAGUUUGCUAGAGAGGGUAGCUCUGGUAGUGAGAGACAGUUUAGACCAUCAACUGAUCGGUCUAAUGAGAGGAACAAGGAUGUCAAACCUUUUACUAAAGACUUUAGAAAAUCUGUCAAGUGCUUCACAUGUGGAGGCAUUGGUCACUAUGCUGCUGACUACCAACAGGUUGCCUUCAUUGCCUCUGUGCAGCCUGUGUAUGAUGAUUCUGAUUUUGAGUCUGAUGACCUGUCAUACGAGUCAUUAGGAAGAAAAUAUGAUUGCUUGUUCAAAGAGACUUUUUCCUUGAAAGAAGAGAGUCUUAAACUUGAGGCCAAUAACCAAGAACUUCAUCAUGACCUUCUCAUCUUAAAAGAAACCAAAAAGGAGUUGAGUGACAAAUUUGAGUCUCUAGAAAAAGAAAUUGCUGCACUUGUGUCAAUUAGGAGUAAUCUUGAAAAUCAAGUUAAUGUGCUCAAGGAGAGUAACAUUGGGUUCCUGAACUCAAACAAACAGCUCCUAGGUGAAUUGAAUGAAGCAAAAAGUAAGAUUAUAUCUAUGACCAUUGGUGCCACAAAAAUUGACAAAAUGUUGAAUAUGGGAAAACUUCAUGGGGACAAAGGUGGUCUUGGAUUUAAUCUUUUUGAUUCUAAGUCUUCCAGCUCUACCAUUAAGUUUGUCAAGUCAAAAACUCCAGCCAUUGCACCUCUUGAUGUUCAGCAGGUAGUCAAAAAACCUAAGUUUGUUCCAACUUGUCAUAGGUGUGGGUUGACUGGUCAUAUUAGACCAGUCUGUCAUAUGUACAAAAAGGAUAAGACCAGAAAAUUGUCUUCAAAAUCUAAAAGGAAUCUCAGAUCUUUGCAAGAUCAGGUUGAUCAUUUGCUAAAUGAAGUCACUAAGAUUGCCAAACUUGUCUCCCUUAAAAUAAGUUCACCUAUUGUUCCUAGGUCUACUUGGAUUACAAAAAGUCAUGCCAAAUGUCUUGUUGUGCUAAAUGCUUUUGCUGCUUCAAACAUCAAUUCUUGGUACUUUGAUAGUGGCUGUUCCAAACACAUGUCUGGUGAUAGGAGUGUUUUCUCUUCUCUCAGUCCUUUUGAUGGAGGCACUGUGACUUUUGGUGGAGGUCACAAGUCUCAAGUUGUGGGGAAAGGUACUGUUUGUAUCCCUGGUUUACCCGAGCUUAAGAAUGUUAGAUUUGUUGAGGGUCUCACAUCCAAUCUCAUUAGUGUAAGUCAGCUGUGUGAUGAUGGAAUAGUAGAAGUUAGAUACUCCAAGCAUGGCUGCAAAAUCAUUGGAAAAGGUGGCAAUGAGAUUGUGAGUAUGUCAAGGUCUAGGGACAAUUGUUAUUGCAUUGAUGGAGUCAAUGAUGCAAAAGAAGUAGUUUGCAACAAGGUUGUGAAUGAAACAAGUGUCUUGUGGCAUCAAAGACUUGGUCAUGUGAACUUUAGAGACUUGCAUAAAUUGUCCAAGAGAGAGUUAGUGAGUGGUCUACCAAAGCUUGACAAAUCUGAUCAGCAUGUUUGUGAAGGAUGUCAAAUGGGAGAGGAUGCCGGUAGCCUCGCCCGCGACACCUCCAUUGCAGGCGUCGUCGUGUCCGUUGGUCUCUCACCUUCACUACGGGUCGGCCAUUCCAACGGCAGUGCAUACGCACCUUGGCCAAACCCACGGUGCUCAUCUGGCGUCAACCAGCUCAGUCAUCCCGGCCGAGCCCCUUGUUCAAGUGGCCCAAUAGAUAAGGCCACAGAACGAGGUGCUACAGGUCACGCGGCCGUAUGCAGCCCAGCAGGAGGCACCACCUCAAGGGAUCCGGUUCGAAGAUGUCCGGCGGAUGAUCGAAGACGGCCUAGCUCAGAGGCAGCCGGAUGCGCCAAGAAUUCAUGCUUUUUUCUGGGGAUGGGCAGACCUCCUCCAUUGAGCACAUAG